UCCCCUAACGGUCCAAUUUUCGCACAAUAAGCCAACCUAUGACAACGCAAAAUUUUCCCUCUACCUUAAAAUCCCACUCUUGCAAGAGAAUUCAUCCUCUCCCCUCUCUGUCAAAAGUACUGAAAGUUGCUCCACUUUUCCCAUAAUUCUUUCUUACUCUUCAAUGGAAAAUACUAAUCCUAAUACAGCUAAAGUUCAGCACGUAACGAAAGCAUCAUCUGAUGAACUCCUGAAGAAGUUUGCUGAAGUGGGUUCUGAAUCAAAUGACAAAUCCUUAGCCAAGAAAGAGUUACGAUUGGCGAAACGCGUAAAAAGAAGCCAAGCAGCCAAUAAUGGAGGAGGCUGCAGUGGCCAAGGUGAGAGAAAGUCACUUCUACCUCCGGCUACUUCACGAAGACCCGUGGCUUUGAUUAGAAGGUUCGGGAUAGGAAAGGCCAAGACAAGAACUGGGGAGUUCAAGAACAGAUCUAUUUUGGGCACAAUUGAGAAGACGUGGCGUAGAACAGUUGAAGGGGCUUCAAGAGUCUGGAUGGAGAAGCAUUUACAACCAGCACAAACGUCUAAUAAAUGACUUGCAUUAGGUAUGAUUGCCAUGAUAAGCAAUUCUUUUCUUCGACGAAAAUAAAUAUAUCUUAAUCUAGUUCUCUUUAGGAAAAGGAUUUGAGAAACAUUGUGUAGUGAUUUUUUAGUCUUUGCCGGGCAACAAUUAUAAGAGGAGUAUAGUUUUAGAUUUUGAAAAAUUAAGUUAUAUUCAAUUAUAUUAUUUUUUAUGUAGUGAAACUCGGCUUUGAUUAUGGAUUUGAGUAUAUCUUAGAAAUUUCAUUCGUCUGUCUUAUAAUUUAAGAAUGCAAUAUUUCAUAACUAUCAGGCAUAUACCAUUAAUAUAAAUAAAAAGAGUCAGUAUUUCAGAGCCGAUUCCAAUCCCGAACAGAGGAGGUUUACUAGGUUGACAACCUAUACAAAACUUCAUCAAAUAUAAAUCUUAAUACAAUGGAGUGAUGGAAAAGAUCAGUGCCGCGGAACCCAAAUUUAUUGGGGAAACGGCUUUUUUGUUAUUGUAAAAUGUAUCUAUAUUUGCUGAUGAAAAGCCUUAUGAUUACAGUGUGAUGCCUUCGUUAUAGACAAAGCCGUAAUCCACAAAUUUAUAGAGGUACAACCGACGCCUCGCUACUACAUAAUUAACUAACUUGACGGCUAAGCGAUUUCAUAAGCUGAGCUUUCCUUAACCAGCUGACCUUACCUCGUAACCUUAGCCUCUCUUUAUUUACAGUUGGACUAAUUGAUUUCAUAACUUCAAUGUACUUUCAUUCUUACUUCAAAACAGAAUGUCCAAGGGAGGAGAACUGUCCAAGCUUGUUCAUAAACUUGAACUAGCGAGAUAGGCUCAAAAAUAGGAGAAAAAAAUCUCAUUCAUCACCGUAAGAGAAAGCUUUUACUCAUCUUCCCGAGUGGAGCUCUCUUUCAUAAAUUGUAUAGAGUUUUUGGCAGUGAAGUCUCCUAGUUGAUGCCAUCAAGAUUGUUGCAUUGUAAUAGUUUUCGAAUUUUGUUAGUUUGAAACGCGUAAAUUUUGUUGUUUUUA